CCCGCCGGAAGGAGCUUGGGUGGAGCCGACUGUGCAAGCUUCGGGGCAGAGGGUGAGAGAAGGCCGCCACUAGCAACUAACAUCAGCUACCUAAACUCAACAGAGAGGUCGGAGGUAUUGUUGGAAAUGCCACGAACCCCGUGAUUCUGUCUGCCCGCCAAAGAGAGAUGAAAACCCAAGUUGUGCGGUGCAGCUUUAAAGGGGCUGGUGAUUGACAGAAUGUGUAGCAGUGGAUGGGGUGGAGCCGCUGGGUGGGGUCUGGGACAGGCAGCUGGGAGAAACCAAAAGGAAGAAAAAAGAAAACCGUAGCCCCUGAAAUCGCUAAUACCAGGGGGAAGCUAGCCAGAAAGGGAGGACAGGAGGGUUUUAGAGCUCACCUCCAUUCCUACCCUGAUCAACUCUCUCAGACCCUUCUGUCUCCUUUUGAGAUAAUUAAAACCUACUGUACACCGGCCCUAGUCGGUGCCCUUUCCUGACUCCACUGAAUUAGAUUUGUAGUACGAGUGAGUGAAGACCCCGGGUCCACCACCUCAACCCCCGGCCCCGCCCCAUCGGCCUGGCCCGGGGCUGGAGCAGAGGAUGCCUUUGGAGGCGCAGAAUCCGAAAAUAUGGAUCAACUCAUAAACAACUGGGAGGUCCAACUUAAUUCAGAAGGUGGCUCAAUGCAUAUGUUCAAACAGGUCACUGGCCCUGUUCAAAUUAGAGAUUCCCUUAAGAAAGCAGACAGAGGUAAUAUGACAUCUCCACCACUCCUGGAUGCCAACUCCAUGAAGAACCCAGCAUUGUUAAAUGACAUCAAGAUUGAGCCCCCAGAAGAACUUCUGGCUAAUGAUUUCAACUUGCCCCAGGUGGAACCAGUUGACCUCUCCUUUCACAAACCAAAGGCUCCUCUCCAGCCUGCCAGUAUGCUGCAAUCUCCAAUACGUUCUCCCAAGCCACAGCCUGAUUCCCAGACUCUUGUAGUGUCCACUUCAACAUCAGACACAGGCAGUUCAGCAAGCAUCCGUACUGUUCUGACUCCAGGCUCUAUCCUGGCCUCAUCUCAGGGCACUGGUGGCCAUCAGAUCUUACAUGUGAUUCACACAAUCCCCUCAGUCAAUCUGCCAAAUAAGAUGGGUAGCCUGAAGGCCAUCCCAGUGGUGGUGCAGUCGCUGCCCAUGGUGUAUACUACUUUGCCUGCAGAUGGGAACCCUGCAGCCAUUACAGUCCCACUCAUUGGAGGAGAUGGCAAAAAUGUUGGAUCAGUUAAAGUUGAACCCACCUCUAUAUCUCCACUGGAGAUCCCAAGUGACAAUGAGGAGAAUGCAAUUGAGAGUGGAUCCUUACAGGGUAUUCAAGGACUACAGCAAGAACCAGCAGCAACGACACAAAUGCAAGAAGAGUCCCUUGAUUUGAAGAGAAGACGGAUUCACCAAUGUGACUUUGCAGGAUGCAGCAAAGUGUACACCAAAAGCUCUCACCUGAAAGCCCACCGCAGAAUCCAUACAGGAGAGAAGCCUUAUAAAUGCACUUGGGAUGGUUGCUCCUGGAAAUUUGCUCGCUCAGAUGAGCUCACCCGCCAUUUCCGCAAGCACACAGGGAUCAAGCCUUUCCGGUGCACAGACUGUAAUCGUAGCUUUUCUCGCUCUGACCACCUGUCUCUGCACCGCCGGCGCCAUGACACCGUGUAAGCGGUACAGACUGCACUAGAAGAGCUGCACUGGUCUCUUUUGUGCACACGCCCGUGUGCUAUAAGAUCAUGACCAUCUUUUCCUCUUUGACUCAGCUUGCCUGUGGGAUGGGAUACAGCUCACUGACCCAGACUGACGGGACUGGAGGAAAAGAUAGCUGAUCUCUCGUGGAGACUCCUUAUAUUCCAUCUUCAUUUCUUCCGUCUCAUCCCCAAUUUUUUUCAACCUCCACAUGGGUUGAAUUCCAGUGUGGCACCCAUGGUUGCCCCUUCCCCUUCCCGUUAUGAGAUAGGACAUUUUUCCUACAAUAAGAAAACAGGAAUCAAAUUCAAGGCUGUGAAUAAACAUAUGCUGC